CAGAAGACACAGCACGGAACCGCAAAGAGUUGGGUCCGGUCCGAGUUGCCCACUAGUUGAAUCGGUUUCCAAGCCAGCACACAGUGCAGCUAGCAGCGAAUGGUAUUGGUACACAGUUUCUACCAAAACAUCCGCCAGUGUGGAAGUAUACACGGCCAUAAUAUAGACGUGAUUUAAUAACCCUCUCACUUUUGUUUUUCAAAUUGCUCUUGUUCAUUUCUUAUUUCUGGCUGCUGGGCAACCAACAAUUCUAUUUAUUCAUAAUCUCGCGGGGUCCUUGGCAUCACCGACGGCCUUCAAAACUUGUGGAAAUUCACCUCGACAGUCAGGUGUGUAAACACUACACAGCAAUCACAGUUGCUAGGAAACGCGUGCUGCUGCCACACCGGGACGACGACGACAACGUUUGGAGACUAUUGACGUGAACGACGAAGCGAUGUCUGAUGGUGGUCCUCGCUUGACUGUGACCAAAUGUCGAGCCUUGGCAGUCAUCCUCUUCUUCGUCGGCUGUGUGAUGGCCGUUGGUCUUUCCGUCUACUUUCUUGCCCGCCCUCAUUACCCGACGGCCAACAGCUGUUCAACGGCGCCCAGCAAGAGGCAGCCGCUUUCUCAAUCGUUCCUCGGGGCUGGCGCUUUAUCUCAGCUCGUACAAAACGUCACCAGACUACCCCGAACCGUUUUGCCUCGCCACUAUGACGUCCGUCUAUUGCCCAUCUUGGAAAAGGGCAACUUUACUGUGCUGGGCCGAGUGUCUAUCGACGUCCAAUGUUUGCAAUCGACCGACCGCAUAGUUCUCCACAGUUCAGACAUUAAAGUUGAUCUCAAAUCUGUACAGGUAAUUGAACGUGGAGCAAACAAGACGCUUUCAAUCGAGCGGAUCGAUUACGAAACAGUGGCGGAAUUCCUCGUCAUCCGCUUGAAUGUCGGCCAGCAGCAGGGUAAAGUCAAUCUUACCAAAGGAAGCAACUACACAGUGUCGAUGAAUUUCGUGGCCAAUCUAACGGAGACGUCGGCUGGAUUCUUCCGCUCUGUUUACAUGGAAGACGGCGUGGAGAGGUACAUGGCCGUGUCCCAGAUGGAGCCAACAGACGCCAGACGAGUUUUCCCAUGCUUCGACGAGCCCAACAUGAAGGCUAUUUUUACUGUCACUCUCGGACGUCAUCGCGACAUGAUGGCCCUGUCCAACAUGCCGUUGAUCAACACAACUCAAAUUGACGGAAUGGACGAUUUCUAUUGGGAUCAUUUUGCUCCGUCUCUGCUAAUGUCAACUUAUCUCGUGGCGUUCGCGGUGGCCAAUUUCACCAAAAUCGAGGCCGAUGUCGCCCACGGAAAAUGGAAAUUCAACAUCUAUGUCCGUACGUCAGCCAUCAGCCAAGCUCAGUACGCCAAAGUCAUAGGACCCAAGACACAGGCCUUUUAUGAGGAUUAUUUCCAAGUGCCAUUUCCUUUGCCUAAGCAAGACUUGAUGGCCAUACCUAGCGCAUUCGUUGGAGCCAUGGAGAACUGGGGACUAUUGACUUUCGGAGAGUCCGUUCUAUUAUAUGAUGAGGAUGUGUCGUCAUUGGACGAUCGUCAAACCGUGGUUGAAUUGGUAACUCACGAAUUAGCACACCAAUGGUUCGGGAACUUGGUUACGAUGGACUGGUGGACAGAGCUGUGGUUAAAGGAGGGGUUCACUUCUUAUGUCGAAUGCCUUGGAGCGGAUUUUGUGGAUCCUAGUCUUGAGAGGCUUCAGCAAUUUGUGACUAGUGGACUCCAAGCAGUCAUGAGACUGGACGCGCUAGAAUCCAGUCAUCCAAUCAGCGUACUAGUCAAUCAUCCCGAUGAAAUUGGAGAACUAUUUGAUGACAUCUCAUACAAAAAAGGAGCCGCCAUCACUCGUAUGCUGGCCAGUUUCAUCGGCGACAAGUCCUUCAGAGAUGGACUCACAAACUACUUGAGAAUACAUCAAUACGGCAAUGCGGUGCAAGACGAUCUGUGGAACGCGUUCGACAAACAAGCCAAAGUCGACCAGGUUUUCCUGCCCACCAAAGUCGAAACGAUUAUGGACGCUUGGACGGCCAAGAUGGGUUUUCCAGUAAUAACAGUUCAGCGGGACUACAAGAAUCGCAACAUUUCAGUUACUCAGAAACGAUUCUUGAUUCGAAAAUCCAAUUCAUCUACAGCCGAUACGACCGUUUACCUUUGGUGGGUCCCCCUCACCUACACGACUGAUUUCCAAACUAUUGGGUCCACUUGGUUGGCGGAUAAUCAAACUUCAAAAAAUUUAACGUUGGAAUUUGAAGUCGAGGACAAUCAGUGGAUCAUCUUUAACGUCGACGAAACUGGCUAUUAUCGGGUCAAUUACGACGCGCACAAUUGGAAAUUGAUUGGCCAACAACUGAUGACGAAUCACACGGCCAUUUCAGUCAUCAAUCGAGCUCAAAUUAUGAACGACGCGCUCAACUUGGCGAGAGCUGGCCUGCUGGAUUACGAAACGCCACUCAAUUUGACGGAAUACCUGGAACGAGAAGAGGAAUUUCUGCCGUGGGAAUCGACGCUGACUGCGCUAUCUUAUCUCAAUUCAAUGAUGCAGCGGACACCAGGCUACGGCCUCCUCAAGAAUUACGUCAUGAAGAUUUUGAUGCCACUUUACAAUUCCUUGGGAUUCGUGCACAAAUCAACCGAUUCCCACUUGACGGGCAAACUGCGUCGCAAAGUUGUCGAGCGUUGUUGUUUUAUGGGCCACAAGGACUGCGUCACAAAGGCUAUCGAGUCUUACAGUCAAUGGAUGGCUGAUCCUGGAAACACCACGAUCGUUCCUUCCGUCCUGAAAGGAGUUGUGGCUUGCACGGCAAUCCGACACGGUGGCGAACUGGAAUGGAAUUUUGCUUUCAAACGCUUCCGGCAAAGCAAUGUGGCCAGUGAGAAAGCCACACUUCUUUCCUCGUUGACUUGCACCCAAGAGUCCUGGAUUUUGGCUCGAUUGCUGGAAAUGUGCCUGAAUCCGGCUGUGGGAUUCCGCACGCAAGACGCCCUCGACGUCAUCAAGACGCUGGCCGAAAAUCCGAUUGGUCGCUUCAUGACUUUCAAUUUCGUGCGCGACAAAUGGACGGAAAUGACGAAAAUUUUCAACUCGAUCCACAGUUUGGCCCACGUCUUUGAAUCGGUGACGAAAUCGUUCAACACCGACAUGGAAUUGAAAGAGCUGUCGGAUUUCGUCGGAAAGAACAAGGAACUGCUGGUCAACGCCAUGACACGUUCCACUCAACAGUCCAUCGAUCGAGUUAGAAGUAAUGUGAGCUGGAUGAGGCUAAACUAUCGGCAGGUAGUCAACUGGCUCCAGCAAAACAAUCCUGCCACCUCUCAGUAAAGUAGUACCUGAUCAGCUGUUUCCCAUUUCCCAAACGCAAUAAAACACAAUACAUGUUGUGACGUGUGGGAUGGCGUGAGAUUGUUGACACAGCUGCACGGAAUGAUUCAUAAAAUAAAUGUUGAAAAAACAAA